ACAAACAAUAACACUCUCUUAUUUUACAAAAAAGAAAAAAAAAACAAAAAAACAAAAUAGCAGUUGAGAGCUUGAAGAUCAGCAUCCAUGGCGGCUUCUGCAGAACGCGAAAACUUCAUCUAUAUCGCCAAACUCGCCGAGCAAGCCGAACGCUAUGACGAGAUGGUGGAUGCUAUGAAGAAAGUAGCAAACUUGGAUAUCGAAUUAACUGUCGAGGAGAGAAAUUUGCUGUCAGUUGGAUACAAGAAUGUGGUGGGUUCACGUAGGGCAUCGUGGAGGAUAUUGUCUUCCAUUCAGCAAAAAGAGGAAUCAAGGGGCAAUGAAGCUAAUGUAAAGCGAAUUAAGGAAUAUAGACAGAAGGUGGAAACCGAGUUGUCUAACAUUUGCAAUGAUAUCAUGACUGUGAUUGAUGAGCAUCUGAUUCCAUCUUCCUCUGCUGGAGAAUCUACUGUUUUCUACUACAAGAUGAAAGGGGACUAUUAUAGGUAUCUUGCGGAGUUCAAGUUUGGUGAUGACAAAAAAGAAGCAGCUGAUCAGUCACUAAAGGCUUAUCAAUUGGCUUCAACUGCUGCAGAGGAUUUAUCUCCUACUCAUCCGAUCCGAUUGGGUUUGGCUUUGAACUUCUCUGUUUUCUAUUAUGAGAUAAUGAACUCUCCUGAAAGAGCCUGCCACCUGGCAAAACAAGCGUUUGAUGAAGCAAUCUCGGAACUUGACUCCUUGAGUGAGGAAUCAUACAAAGAUAGCACUUUAAUUAUGCAGCUUCUGAGGGACAACCUCACUCUGUGGACUUCUGAUAUUCCAGAGGACGGAGAAGACCAUAAGAUGGAGAUCACCAAAUCUGGUGCAGAAGAUGCGGAGUAUUUGAAGUAAAAAUUGAAGGGUAACUCUGCAACCUUGGAGGAAGCGGAUAUGGCCCUUGGUAUUGUAUUUGUAAGCUAAAAUUUGAAAGCAGUAGUUGUUUUCGUCUGUUGUAACAGUUGUGCGAAUGCCCGGGUAAUGGGACAUUUAUGUCAUGCCCAGCAGGUUUUAUGAUCCAGGCUUGUUCCUUUAAAAGAAUCUGCUUUAGUUAAUUUAGCAACUUUUUUUUCUCUUUGGUGAGAAAGCAAAUAGAACAAAAUUUCACCAUGUUUAGCUCUC